AUGCGGCCGAGGAAGCAACCAGCCCAUCCCUACCACGACGACAGCUACGGCGAGAGAAGGAGCAGCAACCGAAGGAGAGUCAGCGUCAGAAGGGCCGACACAGAGGCGUUCUCUCCAUCUUCAUCGUCAGACGAAGAAGAGGACGACGACGACGAAGACGACAGCAAAGAUGACGACGACUACCGAGACUACAGGAGUAGUGUAGUGGCGGGAAAGAAGAGGAAGAUGCCGCUGCCGCCAGAGACCACCACCGUACCCGCUGUCCCCGACACCACCUCGGACACCAUCACGAAGCGGCCACGAGCUGAGCCACAAGAGCAACCCCCUGCACAUUCCGGACCCGUCUCGCCCGAGGCUUCGCACGAGGGCUGUGUGGACGACGAGCAGCUGCCGCUGCUUCUCGAUCCGGUCUACUCGUGGAUCGACGACCUCGACCCGAUUGGCGUUGCCACCACUGACUCCGACGCAUUCCUCGCAUUCCCUGUUGUUGACGCCCCCUUCGCCAUGAUCUCGCAGCCACGGCCUCUGCCUUCAUCCCUCAACGCAGCGUCGCCACCGCCGCCGCAGCCGCCACUCCCGCUCUCUCUCCCAACUCAACAGCCACAGCAACCACCCAUCCCGCUGGUGAGCUGCGAUGACGCCUACCCACCACUCCCAUCGCCGUCAUUCGAGUUUCGUGAUGGCUUCGAUCACGAGUACGACGGCUUCGAUGCCGAAGAUGGGCACGACCACGAUCACGAUCACGAUUGCACAUGCUCAUCUCCUCACUCCUCUUCGUCGUCGCUCUCCGGCGAUGCGGCCGACGCGCAGCUGGUGAAGAGCCUGUUCGGCAUGAUGACCGAUCAGGUGGGCGAGCUCAAGAAGGCCAACGAGGACCUGCGCGAAUCGAUCGACACGAUCUGGCAGACCUUUAACGAGAGGAUGGACCGCGGGGAGAAGAGGGUCAGCGAGCUCAGCCAUCUCGUGUCGACACGGCUCGAGCCCGCGGGCAACUGGGGGGCCGCUUUCACCCCGCCCUCGUCGUCGCUUGCCGACGAGCCAGCGCCCAGCCAGAACCACCCACGGCCGGAGCUCUUCCGUGAGCUCCCCUUCCUGCUCGACUGGGCCGACGACAUUGACUUCGCCAAUCCCGAUGGGUUCGUGAUCGAUGAUUUGAGCAAGCCGUUUAUCGUGCGCAGGCUGUUUGAACCCACGCAAGACGCGGCCCAGUCUCUUCCCGUCAGCAUCUACGCCAGCCCUGCCUUCUGUAGCUUUGUACGGACCGCUCCGCAUGAGAUCGUGGGCACGCUGUGCUACAAGGCCCAGGAUGAGCCGCUGCGUUGGUUCCUCGCCAAGAAGUGCCCGCGACCCGUCGGCGAUCUCUGCUUCCUCCCUCUGGUGCGGCCGAUCGGUGGGCGCAUGGUACAGAGCCUCACCAAGAACCAGCUCUUUUACGACCGCAACGGCAUCGCCAAGUUGUGGAUCCUGGUGGUGGAGCGGUUCGUCGGACCCAUGGAGGAGCCCGCUGCGCUAUCUGUCUCAGCGUCCUGCCCGCAACCGCGCGAGGAGACCUGCGAAGGGCAGCAUCGGAAGGCGGAGCAGAGCACGAACGCCAAGGUCUCCUAG